UUCCGGCUAAUGUCGAUUCCUCAUAACAUCAGACGAGAGGUGCAACUGAGCUAACGCUACAUCUAUUGUUAGGAAAUUUCACACAAGUCAGAAAAAAAAGGAAAUAUGUCAGACACGGAGACAAAACCGUCAAGUCAAGAUGGAGGCGAUAAGAAAGACGGAGAAUAUAUCAAAUUAAAAGUGAUCGGUCAGGACAGCAGUGAAAUCCACUUUAAGGUGAAAAUGACGACGCAUCUAAAGAAGCUGAAAGAGUCUUACAGCCAGCGACAGGGCGUUCCUGCAAGCACGCUAAGGUUUCUGUUUGAGGGACAGAGAAUUGCAGACAACCAAACUCCAAAAGAGCUGGGGAUGGAGGACGAAGAUGUCAUCGAAGUGUAUCAAGAACAGACCGGUGGCUUUUGGAACGAUUAAAGCUUCAUUUUUCCGUCUUCGAUGUUCUUUUUUUUUUUUUUUUUUUGGUUUUGUACGAAUGUAAUUUUGUUCACUUUCAAACCAUCUGGAUCAAAAUGGACUCAAACUGGGCUUCCACGUGUGAGAACGGGGAGGCGAAUGGACAGCGGCUCGCUCGUGUCGUCAAACUGCAUUGUCUUUUACACCGAUUCACUUGGACAAUCUGCUUUAUACACUUUUUUUUUUUUAUUACAUUUGUUGUUUUUGUCAAAUUGUGGAAGUUUUAUCUGGAAAAUAUGCUCUUGGG